UCUGACUGUCUAGUCGAGUGUUUUCCAACAACAACGGUUUGUCCCCCUCAUCCUCCGCUGCUGCUGAAACACAUUAAAAACAAGUUUUGGCAUUUCUCACUCUGCCUUUUCACAAAAACACUCGCAAAAAAACACCCAUUUUCCCCGCGACUCGACUGAGGAAGCCAUCUUUUGAGCAACCUUAGUAGGUAAACGGUGUUAGCUGCUAAGCUAAACACAGGCAUGGUUAGCCAUGUUUACUAUCUGUUCGGGGCCAUAAUUUGCCAAACCACGAAUAUUAAAGCAUAAAGAGUGCACUCUUCACAAACUGAACGAGGCUGAACAAUGAAUCCACAGGACUGGGAAGAUGCCAUGCGAAAACUGCAGAGGAGUCUGCAUCAAAAUGACAGUGGUGUUCACAAGAGGAUGGGAGACGCCUUGAGAACCAACAGGGGAGGUGACACUUCCUGCGACUACCCGAGAUACACUGUUGACGAACCGCACAACGGCAUGGGAGUGAGUGUGGGAUGGGAGGAGCUCAGCCACCCCCUCCAUAACUCUUUCAAUCAGGAGUCAGGGCUGAUGAACGCGGACGGAGAACCGCUCGAAGUCGAUGUGGAAAUGGACGAUCUUGAGCUGGCAAGAAAGCGGAAACAGCUCCGAGGGCUGGAGGAGCAAAUACUGUUCAAGAAAGCUUCCAUCGCUUUGAAAACAGUUGAGCCGGGCCUUUCCUCUGAUCAGCAGUCGGCUGCACGCAAGGGGGCAACUCUGCGCGACCGAGUGAGUUCAAUUUUGCAGCAACGGAAUUCUCUUGGAGUUCUGCCCAAGAGGACGAAGACCUCCAAAGAUAAUUUGCUGCUUGAAGAUCAUCCCCUGAAACUGAGGGUGAAGGCACUGAUGAAGCAGAGAUGCUUUGACCCUUGUGUGCUACCAGCAAACAUGGAGGUCCCUGUUGUCACACCGCCUCCUCCCAGCGUCAUUUCACCAGCCAAGGAGGAGACCAGCACCAUGGGGUUCCAGCGCUUCCUCAGUUUGCUCAACAAAGGCGUGGACAUGGACCUGCUCAGCAGGAUUGUCAAUGAUGACAGUGAGGAUGUUGCUUUAGGUGAGGACCUCUCGAACAUUCAGCCUCCUGCUGUGGAGGACAAAUCGGAGCUGGGCAGGAGCCAGCCGUCGCAUAGUGGAGCCUCCUUCCAUGGUGGGAGCCAGCAGUCACACAGUGGAUCCUCCUUCCUGGGUGGGAGGCAGUCCUCGCCCAGUGGAGUCUCCUUCCCAGGCGGGAGCGAGCAGGCACACAGCGAAACCUCCUACCUGGACGGGAGCCCGCAGUCACACAGCGAAACCUCCUACUUGGGCGGGAGCCAGCCGUCGCACAGUGGAGCCUCCUUCCUGGGUGGGAGGCAGCCGUGGCCCAGUGGAGUCUCCUUCCCGGGCUUGAGCCCGCAGUCACACAGCGAAACCUCCUACCUGGGCGAGAGCCAGCCGUUGCACAGUGGAGACUCCCUGCCGGGCUGCAGUCGGACUGACAGUACAGAGAGGAAGACAGACUCGCCCAGUCAAGAAAAAUCCCACAUGAAGAGACCCUCCCUGUCUGGUGAUGAGGAGGAGGAGAAGAAGAAAAAGAAGAAUGACAGAGGAGACCGCUCUUUUGGCUCUAGUAGUCGAUCAGAGUCACCCCUGGCGGUGAAAAAGAAGAAGAAGAAAGAGGAAGAAAACCUGGAUGAGCAGCAGGUACAGCUGCAGAACAUCCUUAAAACUCUGGGGUUGAGUCUGGAAGUGGAGGAGAUCAGCAAACUAGGAGACCGGACUCAGGAGCGGCUGUAUGGAAAGACAAAUGAAGGCAGAGUGGGGGCUGACUGCAGAGGGGAGCAAGAGAGUCGGCAGAGAGGCCCACACAGACAAUACAAUAGGAACUCCUCUUCCUCCUCUGACUCGUCACUGUUGUCGUCCUCCUCCUCCUCAAGGUCGACCUCUAGGAGCUUCAGCCCCAGCCCCCCUCGCAGACGCCCCUCUCACACCAGUGACACAAAACGAAGGAGAGUGUCUGAGCGCAGUGGCACAGGAGACGGUAACCAGGACAGGGAAGAGGCCCUGAAGACCAGAGACACAGACAAAGACAGGAAUCACACAGAAACCAAAGUAAUCUCCCCCCAUCUUAACCAAUAUUCACAAGAACAGACAUAUUACCAUCCCCACAUUGACGCUUAUCCUGAAUUUUCUGUUUACAACUUGCCCCAGUACUCCGAGUACACUGACGAGUACCACAGUGCUGCUACAAAUUCUUGCUCGACAUACAUGCAGGAUGCCACUCCUCCUCCCCCUGAUCCCAGCGGGUAUCCUUAUCCACAGAUCGAAGACCUUUACUUUCCCAAUGUUGUGCGAGCGCCCAACGUGGUUUACCCUCAUAUUUUCCCCGAGGACUAUAACUUGCUCGUGAAUCCGGACUUGUCAACGAGUGAAGGUCAAGUUGGGUCAUCCAGCAAUCGUUGCCUGCAGGUCAUCAGCACGAAGCAGUCAACCAGGCGGCGCCGCGCUAAGCAGUCAACCAGUGAGAGCUGCAUUAAGCAGCCAACCAGUGAGAGCCGCACUCAGCAGUCAACCCGUGAGCGCUGCAUUAAGCAGGUAGCUGGUAAAAAGGGCAGGCCAUGUAAUGUAAGUUAUAACCUUCUAAGUUUUCAAAAUGGAUGGGAGAGAGACAAAAUGGUACUAAUUCCAGCAGAACAGAAUUAUUACCCCGUGCACACGGUGGAGGAAAAAAGGCCACCGACAGAGGAUGAAAUAAGGUUCAACUUGAGGAAAAAGAUCUGUGGAUUUACAAGACUUGAAUGUGCUGUGAGCCCUGACCGACCACAGGAACCUUGCCUUCAACACUCAUCAUGUACAUGUACAGUUCAUGGUGUGACAGCACUGCUCUGAGUUUGAGUCAUAUUUCCAGAUAAUCACCGAAUCCUUCUCACAUUCUAAUAAGGUAAAUAAUAUCUUCUGCAAAAGAAUAUUUUUGUGACUUUAAUGCCACUUGGUAAGACAGGAUUUCCUCAUUUCAGCCCAACAUUUCUGUGUAUAUCACUACUAAAUAUCUCUUUUUAUAUUUAGCAUUUUCUGUACUAUAUACAUUUGAUGAAGAAAAUCUAUUUUGCAGUUACAGUUAGCAGUGUCUUUGUAGUCUUGAAGCGUAAAGCAUGUAAAAUGCAUUUACCCACUAACGUCUGUUUCCACACAGAUUUAAAGACAAGUUGUUCUGUUUUUAAGGACCAAAGGUCUGACACUUUAUUUUCCCAACAUACCUCAAAAACUGUUGUUUUGUGAGGUUUGAGGUAAAAUGUGAAAAAUGCACAAAUGCAAAACAGUAACACUGUAAAAUAUAGAUUCAUAUUUUUGUAGCCUUUUUGGGGAUAUGUUUGUAUUCACAUUACAUUCAUUUGCUGACGCUUUUGUCCAAAGCGACUUAAAAUCAUUGAGGCAGGUAGCAUUAAGGGCCCACACUGGGAUGACCUGCAAUAUCGAACCCUAACCUUCUGUACCAAAGUCAGCGGUGUAAAUCUCCUUUUGUAAUUAUUUCAAUCCCUCGUCAUCACAUCUUCAACUAUAUUUUGUGUCUCACCCAAAUGAUGGACCUGAAAUAAAGUGUGACCAUGUUAUUUCUUAACAUGAACAUCUAUAUACCGGUAAUGUUCCAAAGCUGUUCAAACCUGUCAAAACUAUGGUGUCCCCGUCUACUGGAAAUAAUAACCAUAUACUACA